AUGGAAGGACUAACAGAAGAGGAAAAGAAGGCCCUGAGAGGAAGCAAAUUCGCUCCUCUACCGAAUGCACCCAAUCAAACCCGACACAAUCCCAGGCAGGCACAUCCCGGGGGGCCAAUGAAGACGAACAAGGCAGCUGCUUUGGCUAAAUUUCUCGAAAGAAAGCUUCAGGAGCCGAAUGGGUUGGCUUCUGUGGAUCCGAGGCUCGUUGAAUUAGCUGUGAAGAAUGCCAAACAGACUGUUCAAUCCAGUGGAACUUCAACAUCAGGAAGAGUCAUUCAUCAUGUGGAUUCUUUUGGGGACCUUGAGGACUCCGAUGGAGAAAAAAAAACUGAAACCUAUGUGUCAAAGAGGCAGAAGAAAAAGAGAAAGAAGCAAAAGAAACAAAAGAAAAAGGAGUUGGAUAACUCAAUUAGGGAUUUAUCUGAAGCACAAAAAAAGAAGCUGAAACUAUGA